UUUUGUUUGUUUGUUUGGGUUCUUCUUUGUUUCUUUAAUUCGAACUCUCCUAAUUUUAAGGAUUGUUUUUGCUUUUUUGUUUUCUUCUGGUGAGAACGGUGAUGAGAGUUUUGGGUUGAUCGCAUUUUUUUUUUGGGGUUGUUGUUCUAAUUCUGAUCGACGACUUGGAUCUGGGGUUGGGUCGUGUUUUCGUGACCGAGUCAGGGUCUGGUCUGGUGAGGUCGUCGGAUGAAAGUUUCUGGGAUCGAAAAGGACAACGAUGAAAUGGGCAACAUUGCUUAAGGACAUCAAGGAGAAGGUUGGAUUAGCUCAAUCCUCUGACGCCGACCCCUUCGCCGUUGACCUAACUACUCCGCCGUCUUCUUCCUCUCCUCCUUCUUCCACUUACAACCCCUCCUCCUCUUCUCCAUAUGUCUUCAACUCUUCUCCUUCGAGAGAUAACCAUGAGUUGGAACUGGACUUCAAGAGAUUAUGGGAAGAGUUCCGUUCAUCAAGCUCUGAAAAGGAGAAGGAGGCCUCCUUGAAUCUGACCGUGGAUACAUUUUGUAGAUUAGUGAAGCGGCACGCAAAUGUAGAUCAGUUAGUUACUAUGUUAGUAGAAACACAUAUAUUCUCUUUUGUCAUUGGGAGAGCAUUUGUGACAGAUAUUGAAAAGUUGAAGAUCGGUAGCAAGACAAGGUCACUGGAUGUAGAGAAAGUAUUAAAGUUCUUUUCAGAUGUCACCAAGGAGGGAUUUAGUCCUGGUGCAAACCUCUUAACAGCUGUUGAAGUACUUGUAUCUGGGCCUAUCGACAAACAAUCACUACUGGAUUCUGGGAUAUUCUCUUGUCUAAUACACGUUCUCAGUGCACUUCUAGCAUAUAAUGAAUUAGGUAAAAGUAAAAUAACUGCUGAUUUGGAAGAGGUAUCAGCGGAAAAAGAUGCUGGAUUCAGAGUUCUACAUACUAGACGACUUGAGGUGGAGGGUAGUGUUGUCCAUAUCAUGAAAGCAUUAGCAAGCAAUCCUUCUGCUGCUCAAAGUUUGAUCGAAGAUGACUCUCUUGAGUCGCUUUUCAAUAUGGUUGCCAAUGGCUCCGUUACAGUUUUCUCUCAAUAUAAAGAAGGUCUAGUUCCCCUUCACAACAUACAGCUUCACAGACAUGCAAUGCAGAUCCUUGGACUUCUACUUGUCAAUGACAAUGGGAGCACAGCAAGAUACAUACGCAAGCACCAUCUGAUUAAGGUGCUCUUGAUGGCUGUCAAAGAUUUUGAUCCAAAUUGUGGUGACUCUGCCUACACUAUGGGCAUUGUGGAUUUGUUACUUGAAUGUGUGGAACUAUCGUACAGACCUGAGGCUGGUGGUGUUAGGCUGAGGGAGGACAUACGUAAUGCACACGGUUACCACUUUCUUGUUCAGUUUGCCCUGAUUCUAUCUUCCUUGCCAAAAAAUCCGAUUUUUGUGCCUAGUCGUUCAUCUAUGAAUCAAGAUAGUGGUUCAGAUGGCUCUGAAGUGGUUCCUGAUGGAGAAAAUACGAGCAGUAGGGAAAAUGCUGAUAUUUCUUCACAAAACUUUGCUCCAUCGUUGUCAAGAUUGCUUGAUGUUCUCGUCACCCUGGCUCAGACUGGUCCAGCUGAGCCAUCUGUAGGGAGGGCCUCACGGUCAUCCCAAACAAAGCCAACUGGGCAUAACAGAAGUCGAACUUCAUCUGUUGACAGCAUAUAUGACGAGACAUGGGAACAGGGAAGUGGUAAAGUUAAGGACCUGGAAGCUGUCCAAAUGCUGCAAGAUAUCUUCCUGAAGGCAGAGAAUAAGGAUCUUCAGGCAGAAGUAUUGAAUAGAAUGUUUAAGAUAUUCUCGAGCCACGUGGAAAACUAUAGAUUGUGUCAGGAAUUAAGAACCGUUCCAUUACUUGUCCUCAACAUGGCUGGUUUUCCUUCCUCGCUGCAAGAUAUAAUUCUCAAAAUUCUUGAAUAUGCUGUCACAGUGGUGAAUUGUGUGNCCUGGCUGAGGGAGGACAUACGUAAUGCACACGGUUACCACUUUCUUGUUCAGUUUGCCCUGAUUCUAUCUUCCUUGCCAAAAAAUCCGAUUUUUGUGCCUAGUCGUUCAUCUAUGAAUCAAGAUAGUGGUUCAGAUGGCUCUGAAGUGGUUCCUGAUGGAGAAAAUACGAGCAGUAGGGAAAAUGCUGAUAUUUCUUCACAAAACUUUGCUCCAUCGUUGUCAAGAUUGCUUGAUGUUCUCGUCACCCUGGCUCAGACUGGUCCAGCUGAGCCAUCUGUAGGGAGGGCCUCACGGUCAUCCCAAACAAAGCCAACUGGGCAUAACAGAAGUCGAACUUCAUCUGUUGACAGCAUAUAUGACGAGACAUGGGAACAGGGAAGUGGUAAAGUUAAGGACCUGGAAGCUGUCCAAAUGCUGCAAGAUAUCUUCCUGAAGGCAGAGAAUAAGGAUCUUCAGGCAGAAGUAUUGAAUAGAAUGUUUAAGAUAUUCUCGAGCCACGUGGAAAACUAUAGAUUGUGUCAGGAAUUAAGAACCGUUCCAUUACUUGUCCUCAACAUGGCUGGUUUUCCUUCCUCGCUGCAAGAUAUAAUUCUCAAAAUUCUUGAAUAUGCUGUCACAGUGGUGAAUUGUGUGCCAGAGCAAGAAUUGUUGUCACUUUGUUGCUUAUUGCAACAGCCAAUUACAUCUCAGUUGAAGCACACCAUACUUUCUUUCUUUGUGAAGCUCAUAUCUUUUGAUCAACAAUAUAAAAAAGUCCUACGUGAAGUUGGCGUUUUGGAAGUCUUACAGGAUGAUUUAAAGCAGCACAAGCUUCUUAUGGGUCCAGAUCAGUUUAGUGGAGUGUCUAAUCAUUCGGAUCGGAAGCCUAGCUCAGGUAGCUUCAAGAUGCACUUAGACACUAAAGAUGCCAUUAUUUCAUCACCAAAGUUGAUGGAAUCUGGGUCAGGAAAGUUACCUGUAUUUGAAGUUGACAACACUAUUACUGUUGGUUGGGAUUGUUUGAUCGCUUUGUUAAAGAAAGCUGAGGCUAAUCAGACAUCUUUUCGUGCGGCCAACGGUGUGGCGAUUAUUCUUCCUUUCUUGAUAUCUGAUGCCCAUCGAACAGGCGUUUUGAGGAUCUUAUCAUGUCUAAUCACAGAAGACUCUAAACAGGUCCAUCAUGACGAAUUAGGAGCUGUUGUCGAUUUGUUGAAAAGUGGAAUGGUCACUGGUAUUUCUGGCCAUCAAUACAAGCUUCAUGAUGAUGCCAAAUGUGAUACAAUGGGUGCUCUAUGGCGUAUUGUUGGUGUUAAUGGCUCUGCCCAAAGAGUCUUCGGCGAAGCCACUGGUUUCUCUCUUUUAUUGACGACCCUUCAUACUUUUCAAGGAAAAAGAGAGCACAUGGAUGAGUCUGAUUUGACUGUUUACAUCAAAUUGUUUAAAUAUCUAUUUCGCCUAAUGACAGCUGCAGUCUGUGAGAACGCUGUUAAUAGGAUGAAACUGCACGCUGUUAUAACGUCUCAGACAUUUUAUGAACUUUUGGUGGAGUCUGGAUUGCUGUGUGUUGAGUUGGAAAGGCAGGUUAUACAGCUAUUGUUAGAACUUGCACUUGAAGUGGUUCUUCCACCAUUUUUAACAUCAGAGUCAACAGCCCUUGCUACUAUACCGGAGAGCGAAAAAGCAACGUUUAUUCUAGAACUUUUGAAACUUCUGGAAAGUCUUGCACGUGCCAGUCCAUUCAAUCAGGAAAACCUCACAUCAAUUGGUUGCGUGGAACUUUUGUUGGAGAUCAUUUACCCCUUUCUUGCCGGUUCAUCUCCAUUUCUUUCUUAUGCUUUGAAGAUUGUGGAAAUUCUUGGAGCGUACAGAUUGUCCCCAUCUGAACUCCGAAUGCUGUUUAGAUAUGUUUUGCAAAUGAGGAUUAUGAAUUCAGGUCAUGCAAUAGUUGGCAUGAUGGAAAAGCUAAUUCUCAUGGAAGACACAGCCUUGGAACAUCUAUCUCUGGCUCCUUUUGUAGAAAUGGAUAUGAGCAAAACUGGGCAUGCUUCUGUCCAGGUGUCACUGGGAGAAAGAUCUUGGCCUCCUGCCGCUGGUUAUUCAUUUGUUUGUUGGUUCCAGUUUCGUAAUUUUUUAACAACCCAAGGAAAAGAAUCAGAAGCCUCCAAAGUUGGCGGUUCAUCAAAGACGUAUCUUUCAAGUGCACAGCAACACGAACAAAACAUCUUCCGGAUGUUUUCUGUUGGUGCUGUAAGCAAUGAAAGUCCAUUCUAUGCAGAACUUUACUUUCAGGAGGAUGGUGUUCUGACCCUUGCCACUAGCAAUUCACAUUAUUUGUCGUUUUCUGGAUUGGAAAUUGAGGAGGGCAGGUGGCAUCACCUUGCUGUUGUUCAUAGUAAACCAAAUGCUCUUGCUGGACUCUUCCAGGCUAGUGUUGCAUAUGUCUAUCUUGAUGGAAAACUAAGGCACACGGGUAAAUUGGGGUACUCUCCUUCGCCUGUUGGAAAAUCUUUGCAAGUAACAGUUGGAACUCCAGCUACUUGUGCUAGAGUUAGUGAUCUGACAUGGAAAACACGCUCAUGUUAUCUUUUUGAGGAGGUGCUCACAUCAGGUUGCAUUGGUUUCAUGUACAUUCUUGGUAGAGGGUACAAAGGUCUUUACCAGGAUGCAGACCUCUUACGCUUUGUGCCUAAUCAGGCUUGUGGUGGGGGCAGCAUGGCUAUCCUGGACUCAUUAGACACUGACAUGACCUCAUCAUCGAAUGGACAAAAGUUUGAUGGAAGCAAUAGACAAGGAGACUCUAAGGCAGAUGGCAGUGGAAUUGUCUGGGAUCUUGAGAGAUUAGGAAAUCUUGCCUUUCAGUUACCUGGCAAAAAACUGAUUUUUGCAUUUGAUGGAACAUGCUCGGAGUUCAUCCGUGCGUCUGGAAAUUUUUCUCUCCUCAAUCUGGUUGACCCAUUGUCGGCAGCUGCUUCUCCAAUUGGAGGAAUACCACGUUUUGGGCGUCUGAUGGGAAAUGUAUCUAUCUGCAGACAAAGUGUGAUCGGUGAUACUAUCCGCCCUGUGGGAGGAAUGACUGUUGUUCUAGCGCUUGUUGAGGCUGCCGAAUCUAGAGAUAUGCUACAUAUGGCUCUUUCAAUGCUUUCCUGUGCGCUUCAUCAAAACCCUCAGAAUGUGAAAGAUAUGCAAAUCAUCAGGGGAUAUCAUUUACUAGCUCUGUUUUUGCGUCCCAAAAUGACUCUGUUUGAUAUGCAGUCUUUGGAGAUCUUUUUUCAAAUUGCUGCAUGCGAAGCUUUGUUUUCAGAGCCAAAAAAGUUGGAGGCUGGACAGAGUAAUAUUAGUAUGCCACCUACAGAGACUAUAUUCGAGAACAGCUACGAGGAUCUUGGUCUUUCGAGAUUCCGGUACGAUAGUUCCUCAGUUGGGUCUCAUGGGGAUAUGGAUGACUUUUCUGUUCCCAAGGAUUCAUUUAGCCAUCUCUCUGAGCUAGAAACAGAUAUGCCUGUUGAAACUUCAAACUGCAUUGUCUUAUCCAACGCCGAUAUGGUUGAACAUGUCCUCCUGGACUGGACCCUUUGGGUAACAUCCCCUGUUUCCAUCCAGAUUGCUUUACUUGGUUUCCUGGAAAAUUUGGUUUCAAUGCAUUGGUACAGGAAUCACAAUCUUACGAUUCUGCGCAGAAUCAAUCUGGUAGAACAUUUGUUAGUGACACUUCAGAGAGGUGAUGUGGAAGUUCCGGUCCUAGAGAAGUUAGUUGUUCUGCUUGGAUGCAUCUUAGAAGAUGGAUUUCUGACUUCUGAACUUGAAAAUGUGGUUAGGUUUGUGAUUAUGACAUUUAAUCCCCCUGAAGUGAAGUCACGAAGCUCAGUAUUGCGCGAAUCAAUGGGAAAGCAUGUAAUUGUGAGAAACAUGCUUUUGGAAAUGCUCAUUGAUCUCCAGGUAACCAUUAAAGCAGAGGAACUUCUAGAGCUGUGGCAUAAGAUAGUCUCGUCAAAAUUAAUAACAUACUUCCUCGAUGAAGCUGUGCACCCUACUAGUAUGAGGUGGAUCAUGACCCUUCUCGGUGUCUGUCUUGCUUCUUCUCCGAACUUUUCCCUUAAAUUUCGAACAAGUGGAGGUUAUCAGGGGCUGAUGCGGGUACUUCAAAACUUUUAUGAUUCCCCAGACAUAUAUUACAUAUUGUUCUGCUUGAUCUUUGGGAAACCUGUUUAUCCAAGACUACCGGAGGUUCGAAUGUUAGACUUUCAUGCUCUAGUGCCAAAUGAUGGAAGCCAUGUGGAGUUAAAGUUUAUAGAUCUGUUGGAUUCGGUGGUGGCAAUGGCUAAAUCUACUUAUGAUAGGUUGAUCAUGCAAUCCAUGCUCGCCCACCAGUCUGGAAAUCUUUCUCAGGUGAGUGCUAGUCUUGUGGCAGAGCUUAUAGAGGGGGCAGAGAUGACUGGGGAGCUUCAAGGGGAAGCUUUAAUGCACAAAACGUACGCAGCACGUUUGAUGGGCGGCGAAGCAUCAGCUCCUGCUGCUGCGACGUCUGUUCUCCGUUUCAUGGUUGACCUUGCAAAGAUGUGCCCUCAAUUUUCUGCUGUUUGCAGACGUGCAGAAUUUGUUGAAAAUUGUGCCGAUCUUUACUUUUCCUGUGUCAGGGCUGGUUAUGCUGUGAAGAUGGCGAAACAGCUCUCUGUGAAGGCAGAAGAGAAGCAUAUAAAUGAUGGCGACGACAGCGGCUCACAAGGAACUCUUUCUAGCUUGCCACAUGACCAGGAUCAGUCUACUAAAACCUCAAUCAGUGCUGGAAGCUUCCCUCAAGGGCAGGUCAGUCUUAGUUCAGAAGACAUGUCUUUACCUGCAAAUUAUGUGGUUAAUGAUAAGAUGGAGAACAUUUUUACACCAGGAAGAGCAUGGGCAUAUGGUGGUGGUGCUUGGGGAAAAGAAAAAAUGUGCAUGACUGGUAACUUGCCGCAUCCUUGGCGUAUGUGGAAGCUUAAUAAUGUUCAUGAAAUUUUGAAACGUGAUUACCAGCUCCGUCCGGUUGCUAUUGAGAUAUUUAGCAUGGAUGGAUGUAAUGAUCUCCUCGUGUUCCACAAGAAAGAGAGGGAAGAAGUUUUUAAAAAUCUGGUUGCCAUGAAUCUUCCAAGGAACAGCAUGCUCGACACAACCAUUUCAGGAUCAGCUAAACAGGAAAGUAACGAGGGAAGCCGCCUUUUCAAAUUAAUGGCGAAGUCUUUCUCGAAAAGAUGGCAAAAUGGAGAAAUCAGCAAUUUCCAAUACCUAAUGCAUCUCAAUACCUUAGCAGGACGUGGAUACAGUGAUCUAACACAGUAUCCUGUAUUUCCAUGGGUUCUAGCAGAUUAUGAUAGCGAGAGCCUUGAUUUGUCAGAUCCAAAAACAUUCCGCAAGCUUCACAAACCAAUGGGUUGCCAGACACCUGAAGGAGAAGACGAAUUUAGAAAACGAUAUGAGAGCUGGGAUGAUCCCGAGGUUCCAAAAUUUCAUUAUGGUUCUCACUAUUCAAGUGCGGGAAUUGUUCUGUUUUACCUUAUUCGCCUCCCGCCAUUCAGUGCUGAAAAUCAGAAGCUGCAGGGCGGUCAGUUUGAUCAUGCUGAUAGACUCUUUAAUAGUAUUAAAGAUACUUGGCUAAGUGCAGCAGGAAAGGGAAAUACUUCAGACGUUAAAGAACUAAUUCCUGAAUUCUUCUACAUGCCUGAGUUUUUGGAAAAUAGAUUCAGCCUUGAUUUGGGUGAAAAACAAUCAGGAGAGAAGGUUGGUGAUGUCUUUUUACCUCCAUGGGCUUUGGAUAGAUCUCAUCUUUGGGUACAAACAGAGAGGAAAGGCUGCAGAAGAAGCUGUGAAUGUUUUCUAUCAUUACACAUACGAGGGAAAUGUUGAUAUUGAUGCAGUUACCGACCCUGCAAUGAAAGCUUCCAUACUAGCGCAGAUUAAUCAUUUUGGGCAAACUCCGAAGCAACUAUUCCCGAAAGCUCAUGUCAAAAGAAGAACAGACAGGAAAAUUCCUCUCCACCCUCUGAAACACUCGAUGCAUCUAGUUCCUCACGAAACACGUAAAUGCUCAUCUUCUAUAAGCCAGAUCAUUACUUUCCACGACAAGGUUCUCGUUGCCGGUGCCAACUGUUUCUUGAAACCUAGGGGAUAUACAAAAUACAUAACAUGGGGAUUCCCAGACAGGAGUUUGAGAUUUAUGAGCUAUGAUCAGGACAAACUGCUAUCAACCCAUGAAAAUCUCCAUGAAAGCAACCAGAUCCAGUGUGCUGGUGUUAGUCACGAUGGGCGCAUUGUGGUCACUGGAGCAGAGGAUGGUUUAGUGUGCGUGUGGAGAGUAAGCAAGGAUGGUCCCCGUGGUUCCCGGCGUUUACGAUUAGAGAAAGCCCUAUGUGCCCACACAGCUAAAGUUACAUGUCUACGUGUAAGCCAACCGUACAUGAUGAUUGCAAGCGGGUCAGAUGACUGUACAGUCAUCAUAUGGGAUCUCAGUUCAUUGAGUUUUGUGAGGCAGCUUCCUGACUUCCCAGUUCCCAUUUCAGCAAUCUACAUAAACGACCUUACUGGGGAAAUUGCAACCGCGGCUGGAACUGUCCUUGCGGUUUGGAGCAUCAACGGUGAUUGCCUUGCUGUGGCUAACACCUCACAGUUACCAUCUGAUUCGGUAUUAUCAGUAACAGGCUCAACAUCUUCCGACUGGCUUGAAACAAGCUGGUAUGUAACUGGUCAUCAGAGCGGAGCAGUUAAAGUAUGGCGGAUGAUACAUUGUACUGAUCCGCUGAGUGCCGAGAGCAAAACAAGUAGUAGCAACAGAACAGGAGGUCUGAAUUUGGGUGAUCAAGUGCCAGAGUACAAGUUGAUUCUACACAAGGUGUUGAAAUUCCAUAAGCAACCUGUCACCGCUCUCUAUCUCACGAGCGACCUGAAGCAGCUACUGAGCGGAGAUUCAGCAGGACAGUUGCUUUCAUGGACAUUACCAGAUGAGACAUUAAGAGCUUCAUUGAAACAGGCUUCACUGAAACAGGCUUCAUUGAAACAAGCUUCAUUGAAACAGGCUUCAUAGGUUUAGAAUCUAAAGCAGAGACCAGUCAUUCCCCUUUUGGUUCUUUGGCUAGAACUGAAAGAGCUGGCCAGGGAACUUAAACCACAUAAGAGAAAGCAAGACCAAAGUCUGAACAAAGGGUUGGCUCUGGUGGUGCGUCUCUUAUACAUCACUGGCUUGCAGGUUAGGAGAAAGAGAGCAUAGCGAGCCACUCUCAACUCUGUUUUGCUGGUGAGUUUUCAAGUUUGAGAAGGAGAGGGAGAGAAGGUUUGGUUUGAGAAUUUGUGUAAAUAGAUGGGAAGAUUACAAGCUUUACAGGGGAGUGUGUGUACUGUGUACAGUAUGGUAUUUUUUGCGGCCGUUUUUUGUUUUUUGUUUUCUUACGUUAAAUUGUUUCUUUUUGAAAACUCAUUGAAAAUAGCAGAAGCUGGGCAUAUUAGUAUUUACAGCCCCAUCUGUAUCUGUAUCUGUAUCUGUAUUUUCUCAGAUGCAAUCCUUGCAUUGUUUUAAUAUUUUGUAACCUUUUGUAUUCUUCAUGUUUUGCAUCGAUGUCAAUGGAAAGUUUUUCUUUUUUGGUU